UCCCAGGGGCCUCGGGAUUGCCGAAUCCUGUCCAUCCCAUCCUGCAUCCGCUAAAGCAGAGCCUGUUUCAUUAGUAGAGCAGCGGAUUCCCUUGCUGCUCGAGCAUCCAUCCGAGAAAUUCUAAGCACUGUAGGUCGUGUCUCUUAGCCCGAAUCCCCCUUGCGAUCGUUUCGCUUAGUGACACAUAGGCUUUUCACGCCGUCGCGUGUCCGUCGUCGCCGAUUACCACCGGAAUCACCAGUUCGUCGCACGACUAGAGAAAAGCAUCGCAUGGAUUCGUCGCAGCAACGCUCGCCUAAACUCCGCGUCGGCGGCCUCCUCGUGCUGGCGAUGCUGCUGCUGCUCGGGAAUCCGGCCUCCUGCUUCGAGCCUGACGCUCUUCCCGGCUGGCUGGGAGACACGUAUCGCUCCACUGCUGGUCCCAAGCCACCAGCGUCUGAAGCUGGCCUCAGUGAGCCCCGCGUCGUCCGGAUGUCCUGGAAACCAAGAGCCUGGGUGUACAAGCGAUUCCUGUCACAUGAGGAGUGCGACCACAUUAUACAGCUGGCGCGCCCCAACAUGACGCGCUCGGAGGUGGUGGCAGACAAUGGCACCGUUGAGAUAGACACCAUCCGCACCAGCUACGGAACUUUCCUAGAAAUCGCUCAGGCGCGGCCCAAGAUGGAGCGGUCCACAGUGCUGGCCGACAAUGGCUCCAGCGUCGUAGACGACUAUAGGUCCAGCUCUGGCACCUUCCUGGACGUUGCGCAGGAUGACGUCAUCAGGCGCAUUGAAGACCGCAUUGCUGCCUGGACCUUCCUCCCCCCUGAGAACCAGGAGUCCAUGCAGGUUCUGCGGUACGCAGUGGGGCAGAAGUACGACGCGCACCACGACUUCUUCGACGAGGAGGAGAGCAAGCAGCAGGGCGGGCACAGAUAUGCUACAGUGCUCAUGUACCUGACUGACGGGUUCAGCGGGGGGGAGACCGUGUUCCCAGACUCAGAGAAGGACAAGCAGGAGAAGGACGACACCUGGUCUGACUGCGGCAAGCAGGGCGUGGCAGCCAAGCCCGUCAAGGGCGACGCGCUCCUCUUCUUCUCCCUCAAGCCUUCAGCCGAGCCCGACCUUGCAUCCCUUCACGCCGGCUGCCCCGUGAUCUCUGGGGAGAAGUGGUCCGCCACCAAGUGGAUCCAUGUGCGCUCCUUCGAAGGCGAGGAUGGGGACGAGGAUGGCAGUGCGUCGGUGCCGUCACACCCUCCCGGUGUGUGUGCAGAUGAGAUUGAGCAUUGUGCGCUGUGGGCGAAGCAAGGGGAGUGCGAUAAGAACCCCGGGUACAUGCACCAGAGCUGUGCUCGGAGCUGCGGCAAGUGCAGUUUGCUCGCUGCUGCAUGACACUUCACGAAAUACACAGUGAGUGAUGCUCUAUAAUCAACUGGGUGUGAAAGGGUUGAUGCUACAUAAUCAACAGGGUGUUAAAAGGUGGUUCUUUAUAAUAAUCAAAUUGGAACGUGACGUGAAAGAGGUACAUGCAUGAACAUGUCGAACACUCCUGUUGAUAAGAAUCAUGAGGCAGCUA